AGUCGUGGUCUAAGGGUACUUUAUGCACGCGGCUGUGGAGUGAUUUAGCAUUUGUCAUUGGGAAGCUCGGGCAGCUUUGUGGGAGAAGAUCACAUAGACCCUGCCAGGACCUGGGGUGAAAGGUCAAGGGUGAAAGGACUCAACGGUGACCACGCGACUUAACUCGCGCGGUGACGAGAAAUGGCUAAACAUCAUCCGGACCUGAUCUUCUGCCGCAAGCAGGCGGGAGUGGCUAUUGGAAGACUGUGUGAAAAAUGUGAUGGUAAAUGCGUGAUCUGUGACUCAUAUGUGCGACCCUGCACACUUGUGCGCAUAUGUGACGAGUGUAACUAUGGGUCGUACCAAGGCCGCUGUGUGAUCUGCGGAGGUCCAGGAGUCUCUGAUGCCUAUUACUGCAAGGAGUGCACCAUCCAGGAGAAAGAUAGGGAUGGCUGCCCUAAGAUAGUCAAUCUGGGCAGUUCCAAGACAGAUCUCUUUUACGAGCGCAAGAAGUACGGCUUCAAGAAGAGGUGAUCGGCCCUUGGUGCUGCUGUACCUGCUGCAGGGUUGGGGAAAGGGUCUUAAAGCAUCUCUGGACUUCACUGUUAUUGAGAACCAAUUAAUCUUCUCUAAAAUGUUACAAAUUAAACUAUGUGUGGGGG